UUUACUGGGCUUUGUCGUAGCGCCAGUACCGGAUGAUUACGUGGAUUCAUCGGAAUCCGCGGAAAUAAUGGACAAGGAUACGAAUACGUGCCAUUACAUCAGAGCUAAUUCGUUAUUGGAAGCGAGAUGCCAAUGAAAAUCGAUGAAAAUCUCGUUAGAUUUGAAUCCGGACAUACAGGUGCUCAAUGUUACCGGGAAAAUGUACCCGAUAAUCUUGAGUAACGAUACUCUGCAUCCUUACAAGAAGCUCGUCGCCAUCUAUCUACGUGACAAUUGGCUUCUUGAAUUCGACGAGGCACUUUUCGCCAAUCAGCAUUACCUGAAAGUGCUAGAUCUCACGCGCAACAUUCUCUUCAAACUGCCCAAAAAUUUCUUCCAGUUUCCGUUUCUGCACACGCUCUAUCUCGGCCACAACAUGCUCUCCGAUUCCGCAUUUAAGAUAAACGUGACCUCGCCUCUCAAACUGCUCCAGCUAAACAAUAAUAUUAUACACGUGAUCCCGAACAUAGGCGUCCAGCCGACUCUCAUUCAUCUCGACGUGUCCUACAACGUAAUCACCUCGAUCAGCACCGAGGAUCUGGCUCCCUUCUGCUCGCUGAAAAAGCUCGAUCUGACCGGAAAUAGAAUCAGAUUCAACGCGAGCAGUUGUGAUUGUCAAAGAUUCAACGCCUGGGUGAAGCUACGACAGAUCAAGAUGAAGCCCGAUCUCUACAAAUGCAUCGAUCCACCAGCAGCUCUAAACAAAGACUGCGCCAAAGUGACAUUCAGCGAUCGGACGCACAAGCUGUUCAACGAGUGCUUGGCAAUGGCACAACAGAAGAUGAAGACCGCGAAAGCCUCGAUCGGUCUGAAGAAGCGUCGCCCUGUGCGUCUCGGUGUUCCUCUUUUUAGCGUUGUUCUUCCUAGCGUUGUUCGUGCACAAGCGAUACCGUAGGCGGCACAUGAAGAAGAAGGAGCAGCUACCGGCGAUCUACGACAACACCAAACUAUUCCAACAGCAACCUGACGAUGAUUAGUGAAAUAAUCGCCGAAUAAACGUAGAAUCCUGUUAAAAGGGCUGUUUCUGGCGUCGACAAUAUGCGA